AUGAUGAAACCAAAAAUUGGAUUACUGAUAUUUGCAUUGCAAAUUUUCGCUUGUCAAUGCGUGAAAACGGAAUUGUACUGCACGGAUUUGCGACCUCAGAACAGCAUUGAAGUUGAUGAUAUAAUGGGCAUGUGGUUUGGCACCGAAGUCAUUACGCAUCAUCACCACGAGGUUGGCGAAUAUCGUUAUGAUAGCUGUAUCGUUGUGCAUCUCUCGGAAAUCACGCAUGAGAUGAUGCAAAAUCGAGACCACAAACAUCACAACCACGGAUAUGGACAAGAUUACGUGCCCCAUGACAGAGACAGUCACCGAAGGCACAACAGUCGCGAUUCUGUCGAUCAAGCAUACAAAAACCAACCGAGUCGUUACUUGCGUUUGAUUUGGGACGAAAAAGGUCACGCUCUGGAAUACACUUUGCGCUUCAACAACACUCGUCGCGGCUUUUGGAUGUCAUCUUCUCCACAAAAAGGAACUAUGCUUGAAAUGCCCUACAAUCAAUUUACAGGCACAGUGCAAGUAAUCAAGGCCGUUGGAACGCACAUCGUACUCACGUUCUGCCAGAAUUUGCCAACAAGUCAACUUUUCUCCGUUGUGCUGUCACGACAUCCGAACGAAUUGUCAUCAGAUGAAAUCCAAAGUGUUCGUAGUUUGUUGAAACGCCGCGGUUUAGAAGUCUCAUCCGUACGGAAAGUUUGUCUGAAUGGAGCACCACAAUUGACAAUCAGUUUCGCAACAUUACUUCUGCUUGCGCUGCCGUUCGUCUUCAAACUAUAAAAAAAUCUCUGUCAAGGUUUCUGAUCCUAAAGAAAAAAAAAAAAAAACAAGUUUCAUUUACUUCAGGGAAUCUCAUCUUGUUGUCAUCGUCAUGUUUUUCUUGAUUAGUCAUGUAAAGAAAAAAAAACUUUUUUAUUAAUAAUUUGCAAAAAAGCAAUUUCUUUUUUAUUUUAAUAUAAAUUUAAUGAGAAAAAUCAUAAAAAAAUAUUUUUAGCUGCAACAGCUUUUUACAAA